AGCGGUACAUUUGCAUUUCGGUCCCUGAGCUCGGUAUCGAUAACUGUCCCCACAAGCACAUGUCCCAAGCUGCAUGCAUCCAUCACGACACUAGUGUGGUGUUGAAUGCUAACGACAUCUUGGCUCCGUGGACUAAACCCGUGCUCAAGUCCCGGCACCCCGGAAGAUGGGAAACACAGUUCAACGGACCUUGGCGGGCCCACGGUCAAUUUACUCGGCGUCCGGCACUCUCCCGCCGAGCCGGAAGCUAAUUGAAACGGAGCCUGUCAACGGAAGGGCGCGUUGGGCGUUGGUGGGGCAGGUUGACUUUUGACAUCCAUUGCUGACUUUGCUUUUCGCCUCUGACCCUAAUGCAACUUUUUGGGCCAUCAUUUGGUUUUGUUUUAAGAAGAGCAUGAUCAGUCGGGAAGACCAGACUGUCAAUUCUUCAAAUUGGCCACAGGAUAACUCAAGCGCCAAUACUCGCCACCAUGUCAACCACCACAACAACAGCAACGGCAUCAGCCUCAGCCUCCACCUCGGGCACAGAACUUCAUCCCCUCCCCGCCAAUAUAUCCCAAAAGCCAUCCCCCUUUACAUCGGCAUCCCAAAACGUCGACGAUACUACCGACCCAAUCCUCCAAGCCUCCCGCGAAGCAGACUCCACCGUCCCCGAAGGCGGCUACGGCUGGGUCGUGGUAGGCGGCUGCUUCGUCGUCGCUUGGUGGAUCAUCGGCACCUCGUACUCGUGGGGCGUCAUCCAGGGCGCCCUCAUCGAAGAUGGCCUCGGCACCCCCGCCGUGCUCUCAUUUGUCGGGUCCCUGGCCGCGGCGCUCAUCUCGGCGCUCGCAAUCGUCAACUCGCGCGUCAUGAGGCGGAUCGGGCCUAGGAAGACGGGAUUACUCGGAAUUUCGCUAUUGGGGGUUAGUGAGUUGCUGAGUAGUUUUGCAGUCAAGAAUGUGGGAGCCAUGUUUGCUACGAGUGGUGUUAUCAUGGGGUUGGGAAUGAGUUUAUGUUUCACGAUCGUCUCUGUGGUCCCGGCACAGUAUUUCAGCCGCAAGCGCGGCCUCGCCAAUGGCAUCGUCUUUGCCGGCGGUGGUCUCGGCGGCGCGGUAAACAGCUUUGCCCUCGACGCCCUUCUCAACCACCUGGGUUCUGCGUGGGCCUACCGCGUCCUCGCCCUCGUCACCUUGGCCACGGGACUCCCGGCAGCAUGGCUCAUUAAAGAGCGCGUUCCCGUUCGUAACACUGGUUUCGUUGAGUGGCGCCUCUUCAAGUCCCUCACCUUCGUCCUAGUCUUCCUAGCCGGCGCAGUCGGGACCUUCCCCCUCUUCGUCCCGCCCUUCUUCCUCCCGCUCUACUCCAAAUCCAUCGGCCUCUCCUCCUCCACGGGCGCCGGCCUGGUAGCAGGGUUCAAUUUCUCUUCCGCCAUCGGCCGUAUCUGCUGCGGUGCCUUUUGCGACGCCUUUGGCGCGCUCAACGUGCUCUUCGUCUCGCUGUUCCUCUCCGCAGUCAGUAUCCUGGCCAUCUGGCCCGUCUCGACGUCGCUCGGGCCCAUGGUUGCCUUUGUCAUCAUCAACGGUGUCUCGAACGGUGGGUUCUUCUCGACUAUGCCUACGGUCGUUGGGAACACGUUUGGAUCUGCGAGGGUCUCUGUCGCUAUGAGCAUGAUUGUGACUGGAUGGGCUGGUGGCUAUCUCAUGGGCUCGCCGAUUGCCGGAUAUCUUUUGGAAGCCUACGGCGGUGCCGAGGGAGGUCUUCAAGCGUACCGUCCAGCCAUGUUCUACGCUGGCUCGCUGUCAUUGGCAGCGGCUGGGCUUGUCGCCAUGGUCAGGUUCCGCAUCAACAGCAGCAUCUUGGCAAAGAUUUGAGAGUGAUGUGAAUGGCCAUGUAGCUACUGCAUGGCACUCUGUAUCAAUAUUGGGGGAACUCGAUGAAAAAGAGAUUUCCAGGUUAACGGCGACCUGUAUUCAGGACAGACAUUGUCCGAAGUCUCAGCCGGAUGAACGGUACUCACAUGUACCGUAGACCGGCCGGCCGGCGAGUGAUGCAAAGGAGCGGUGAAUGUGACAUCAGCCCCUGAGAGUCUCGUAUUCGUCGGACCCUUGAUUCACAUAAAGACACCAAAUUCGCAGUAGGCACCCGUGAAAACUUUCUGGU